AUGGAUUUGCAUCUGAAGGGUUUGUUUGAUAGAUAUCAGGAACAGUUUGGGUGUGGACCUGGACUUGGUCCUGGAUCUGGGACAUGUUUGAUGAAAGUGGAUGGCAUUGCUCCUAAUUUCAUCAGAUCUAUAUACAAAGCUUCUGCGGCUUUGUAUAGAACUGAGCCGUGGAAAAGGUUGCGUCCGGUUCACUAUUUUGGGGUUCGGGUUGGAAGGGACUCAGAUUGGAAUGCUAAGAAACAGCCGUUUUCGUGUGUUCAGUUCAUUGGAGGUGAUGGAGGAGAUGUUGGUUUCUAUAUGUAUAGAUCAGAGAAUGAUGCUAAGAAAAUGACUGGGGUUAGAGAGACUGUCCGUGUUCCGAAUGCUGAGGUUCUGAGGGUUACUUAUGAGGUGGAGUCUUUGAUGUUUCCUUUGAACCGCAAACUGAUUAAGUCAUUGUUGCUUGAAGCGUCGGGGAGUGAUCGAUUUCCUGUUAUUGAUGUUGCUCGGUGCACGGUUGCUGGUGAUCUUCAGUUUAGAAAUACGACUCUUGAUGAGCUUAGGUUUGUGUAUGCAUUCAUGAAGGCUAUUUAUAUGGUUCACCCUUUACUUCUGGUGGCGGACAGGGAAGGUGGUUCGAAGUAUUCGACAAUGGUGAACUUUGAACCUUUUAUAGAAACAGUUGAUGUUCAGUGGCCACCAGAAGUAACUAAGGGAGGUUAUGACCUUGUUGCUGUCACUGUCUCACAUCCACCUGGUCGGGCAUAUGAUGAAAAAUCUAGUAGUGUGAGUGCUGGUUCGACGCCGACUAAAUACGUAGAACCGCCCAGGGACGACACUUUCAUUGACCCAAAUGCAUACUCAAGUACUGGUUUGAGACAGUGUGCAAUGUGUGAGAGAGAAGUGUUUGGAGAACAGUCGAUUUGUUGCGGCCGAUGUAGAACGGUAGUUUAUUGCGGUUCAAUCUGCCAAAAGCAACACUGGAAUGAGACACACAAAAACUUGUGUGGACUUUACAGGGCCAUGAUGGAAAGGGAAGAAGAACUAGCCAUAAACAUUUUCUUGUUCCCAUGUUCUGCUGACCAACCUUGCAAGUGGCUUGAAUCGUUAGAUAUUCACCAGAAGGGUAUGUGGAGAAGAAAAUGCAGUUGUUAUACUCACUGCCCUUUUGGUCUCCUUCCAUUGAAAGGUGGCCUGCACGAACAAUGGGGUGAACUCGAUGAAUUCGAAUAUCCUCACGACACUUCCUUCAAUAACAAUUUCACCCCAAGCCUGUUACUUCUCUCGGGUUGGUCGGAGUACUACAACCUUCGCUCACUUCCAUUGUCAAGUCCUGUUGCCGAUAUACUCUCGCAUCCGUUGACUGUGUAUCACAUACUAACUACUCUUAAUGUAGGUUCAAAGAACCUUUUAUUGAAAGGGAAGGAAGUGAUUAUUCAUUACCUUGGCCCGGAAGGCGAGUUAGAUUGGAUGCCAGCAUUUGCAGAAGUGGGCCAUUUACUUCAUGGAAUGGGAAAUGUACAAAUAGUGAUGGUAGGACCAGAAGUUCCAACAAAUUUAUCCGGUACAACAUCAGGAAUAGGAAGCAGAGUAAGAGUGAAUCUUGUGAGAGGUGUUUAUCAGGUGGAAGCCUCAUACCUACCUUCUCCACAUGUUGUUAUUGCCCUGAACUCUAGAUUAGAAAAUUAUUCUAGUUGGGGUGGAGCACUCGAUUUAAUUAAAUCAAUCGGUGUGCCUGCUUUCUUUACUGAUCAAUCCGAAGCUUCGUGUGUAAAUGCUAAACAAGUCCUUCGUAAUGCUGGACUUCACAUCACACAUCCGGUGACACCGAAUCCUUUUCGUUCGCCCGUGAAAAAUCUCACGCCUUCCAGCAAUCUUCCUUCAUACAGUAACGGUUUUGUGUUUGGCGUUAACACAUGA